AUGCGAAUCUUUGUGAGCAACUUGUCGUCGGCCCUUGGGGCAGAGAUCGCGAAACAGAUCAAGGACUGCGAAGUCGUCGGCGCCGUGGAGCAUCUCAAGCAGAUCCAGUCGACGAAGAAGCGCCUGAUUGAGAACAGGUCCGCCGAGCUCGUCGAGACGUCGUUGGCCGCAGACGACCCGAACGAUGCGUUUGUGGAGAGCCCGGUCGUGGCGUACUCGGAUAAGCACAACGUGGGCUUGCUCCUGAAGCGAUGCGACGUGGCCAUCUACUCGAUCUUGGACGACCCCGACGGAAUCAUUGAAGCGCUCAAGACGUUUGACGAAGGCAACAGCGGCGACAAACUGUUCAUUGCAAUUUCGAGCGUGCUCACGUGGGCCAAGACGCCAGUGCCUGCGCCGCGCCCAGAAGACUGGACGGGCCACCGCGAGGAAACGUUCAAGACGAGAAAGCCCGCGCGCAAGUACGCGGAAUACAAGGCGAUCGAGACGCAAGUCUUGAGCGCGCGGCGCGAGGGCCUCACAACGUUGGUCAUUGCUCCGGGGCUCAUCUAUGGCGGCGCUCAAUCCAGCCUCCAUGCUAUCCUUCGGAACGCUUGGUUGCACCCCGAAGAAGAUGUUGUCGUUCCGAGUGUCUUGGACAACAAGGGCGCAAAUGUCCUUCCCAUGAUCAGCGUCUACGAUCUCGCGCGCGUUGUGGCCAAGGCGGCCGUGGCGUCGCCGCCACCGUCGACAUCGUACUUGAUUGCUGUCGACAAGAGCCAAUCCACCCUUCGCGAAGUAUGCGGCGCGAUCAGCGAGGCGCUUGGUAGCGGCGGGCUGCGAGACGUCGACGCAGCGGAGGCGGAGGAAAUGCUGGUGCGGGAGAAGAGCAUGGCGUACCUCCAGCUCAACUUGCGCUUCGACACGCGUGGCGGGGCCAUGGAAGCGUUGGAGAUUGAAUGGACGCACGAAUUCGGUCUCGUCGCCAACAUCAAACAAGUCGCGGAAGACUACAUCAAGUCGAUGGACUUGCGUCCGUUGCGUGCCGUCGUUCUCGGUCCCCCGCAAGUGGGCAAGUCGCACCUCUCGGCGUUUCUCGCGAAAACGUACUACCUGCCGCAUUUGACGCCGUCGUCUGUGGCGGCCGACUUGCUCAUGACCGCCAACCUGGACGACCAUCUCGUCAACCUCCGAGAAGAAGUCAAGAAGUUCCGACUCAACCUGAAAGAUCUUCCCGAGCCGCUUCUCACGGAACUCAUCCGGUGGAAGCUCAUGGCCCCUGUGUGCCGGAACCAGGGGUACGUCUUGGACGGGCUUCCCAUGACGGUCGAUCAAGCCAAGGGGAUGUUUUUUGUGGCCGCACCAGACUCGACGGGGGACGAGUCCAAGGAGGGAGAGGCUGCCGACGAAGGAAAGGAAAACGAUGACGACGAGUCCAAGCCCGGCGACGACGGCGCGGCCGCCAAGGACAAGCCCAACUCCCCCAACGUUUAUGUGCCGAACCGUGUCAUCGUGCUCGACGCGGUGCGAUCGCUGCUCGAGGCCCGCGCGCAGAAUUUGAGCCAAGAAGAGGCCGAGAAGACGGGCAACACGGACGCAGAGUUCACGCGGCGGUACGACUUGUUCAAGCACGAAUCGAGCGCGACCAACCAGGUCGGCGUCGUCGCGUACUGGGAGCGGGACCAAAACGUCGACGUCCUCGAGUUGGUGUUGGAUUCGGAAGAGAUGUACCAUAGCAAGAAGCACUUUGUCGACCCGAUUGCAAAGUACAUGGAGCAGGGCGGGAAGCCGUUCAACUUUCACCCGACGCCGGAGGAGGUCGACGCGGCGCAGCGCGAGCUCGAUGCGCAGAUGGUGCGACAACCAUUGUGGACAGAUCGUGUUGUCAUGUUGUGCAGGCCGCGGAAGCCGAGGCGGAGCAGAAGCGCCAGGCAGAAGCCAUCGAGAAGGAACUGAGUGAGAAGCAGUCGCGCGCGUUGAGUGAAAAGUCCCGUCUCGAAAUCAUCCAGCGCGAAGAAAUGGACAUUUUGGAAGCGCGGUCCAAGCCCCUGCGCGCGUACCUCAUGGAAACCGUGAUUCCGGUCUUGACCGAAGGCAUGCUGGAAGUCGUCAAGGUCCAGCCAGAGGACCCGAUCGACUACCUCGCCGACUUUUUGUUUCGAAAAGGCCAAGACUAUACGGGGUAGAGUAGUCGAAUGGAAUGUCGUCGAGAGUCCUUGCGGUCGUCGACGAGCGCGCGUGCGUGCAAGGGUCAACGGGCGGCACGUCCUCGCGGAACUAGCGCGUGCAUCGACCCACGUCAAACGAGAUGGCACAAAAUCAGGAAUCAUCGAGUUGGAUAGU